UCGUGUCUGAUGUGACUGUGACCAUUACAUGCUUUAGUUACCUUUCCUCUACUCCACACGUUUCGACAAACGCGCCGCCGUGAAAAAAAAAUGCAGAACGGAGCACACGUCGCGAAGGAGCAACCAAGACUCACUCUCUACAUAAUCCUCACCACAGCCUUCCUCUCUCUCUUCUUCCUCCUCUCCCUCUCCUCCUCCUCCUCCUCCUCCCACUCCUCACCUCCCUACACCGGAUCCAACAACCUCCGACCCGACCCGAGACUCUUCCCUUCCUCCUCCAACAUCGCCGCCGACACAUCCCCCCCUUCCGUCGCCUACCUCAUCUCCGGAUCCUCCGGCGACUCCCCCCGCAUCCUCCGCCUCCUCUUCGCCGCGUACCACCCGAGGAACCGCUACCUUCUCCAUCUCGACAGCUUGGCGACGCAGUCCGAGCGAGAUCGGCUCGCUCUGACGGUGGGAGAUGUUCCCAUCUUCCGAGCUGCGAGGAACGUCGAUGUUGUCGGGAAGCCUGAUUUCGCGUACCGGAGAGGUUCGUCUCCGAUGGCGGCCACGCUUCACGGCGCUUCGAUUCUGCUGAGAUUGUCCGGGGCGUGGGAUUGGUUCGUUGAUCUCAGUGUUGACGAGUACCCUCUCGUUACUCAAGAUGAGCUACUUCACAUUUUGUCGCAUUUGCCUAAGGACUUGAACUUUGUGAACCACACUAGCUACAUUGGCUGGAAAGAAUCGAGGAGGUUGAAGCCAGUGAUUGUGGACCCAGGGCUUUACCUUGUGGAGAAAACGGAUAUGUUCUUUGCUUCACAGAAACGAGAGCUGCCUAAGGCUUUCAAGCUAUUCUCAGGUCCAUCUUUCUCCAUCUUAAGCCGCAGUUUCAUCGAGCACUGUGUCUUGGGCACUGACAACUUCCCUCGGACUCUACUCAUGUACUUGUCCAACACACCUGCUUCCAUCUCCAACUACUUCCCAACUAUCCUCUGCAACUCGAAUCUCUUCAAAAAGACCAUCAUCAACAACAACUUACUCUACCUACCUUCUAACGACACUUCUAAAGAAAGACACCAUCAUCAUCAGCUUGAUCCCAAAGAGUUCACGGAAAUGGUUCAAUCAGGAGCAGCGUUUGCAAGAGUGUCGAGGUUCGAUGACCCUAUCCUUGAUCGCAUAGAUCAUGAGCUUCUGGGACGCACAUCUGGUGAAGUUGUGCCUGGUGGCUGGUGUUUGGGAGAUUCUGGUGACGACAAGAGCUUGUGUUCUGUCUGGGGAGACUCGGGUAUUCUUAGGCCCGGUUCUGGUUCGGAGAGGCUGGAGAGACGGAUUGUUGAGUUAUUGUCAAAUGAUUGGUUCAGAUUGCACCAAUGCAUAUCUGAGUGAUCAUCUUUUGCCAUACCUUCAACAGAGUAUAUAGUUGGCCACGGACAAUGGUGUUUACCGGUUUUAUUUAUGUUUCACAUGUAAUCUUGUGACAGUUUGAGUUUGUUGAUUCAUUGGUGAACAUCUCAGCCUUUUUGUUGUCUGUCAUCUCAACUGGGAAAUGUAAGGACUCGGUUCAAUUGAAUGUUUGGUUAAGUCUUAA